AUGGACGUCCAACAUCAAAGCCCAUCCAGCAAUGUUUUGGUCGCGCGAAUGAGGAAGCCACAUGGUGAAGGUGAAACGCUUGUCCCUCAACUUAUUGUAACUGCUUGGCUUGUUCCCGUCUUCCCCGCCAUAUUUGUCUGCGCUAGAUUUUACACGACCCGCCGCAUCCUAAAAUCCAAGCCAAAGGAAGAUUGGUACAUUCUCGUUGCGUUGAUAUUCUCCAUCCUCUUCUCAGUAUCUGUAACGAUACAAACACAAUAUGGGCUUGGUAGGCAUUUGGAUGACCUUCCAGAUUUCAAAAAUACCUACACCAAGUAUCUUCUCGUCAGCGCAUUUGGAGUCACUGGCACGUAUCCAAUUGCCAACUUCUUCACCAAAUUCUCAAUUCUCUCUUUCUACCUGCGCUUUACAACGAGCCGUGGCUUCACUUAUACCGUCUAUUUCACCAUUGCUCUCGGCUUUGCCUUCAAUUUUGUCGGAGCAACAGGCGUCCUUUAUUGGUGCCAACCGAUCGAGACCUUCUGGAAGCAUUGGGAGGGAGGAAAAUGUGUGAAAAGUGAUACCUGGUAUAUAUCGCUCCUGGGAAUCAAUGUUGUGACCGACGUCAUUAUCUUGUUGCUGCCCAUAUUUAUCAUCAGGCCCUUGAGAGUGGCGUUUGCUCAAAAGGUUGCCAUCGGCGCUAUCCUGGGGACAGGCGGCUUCGUGCUGGGAGUCAGCCUUUUUCGCUUCAUCUUGACCAUCCUGGAUAGGGAAGAUGAAGAUCGCACUUGGCGCCUGGCAUUCAACUAUAUCUGGGGCAUAGUAGAAAUGAACGUCGCCAUCAUAUGCGCUUGCAUGCCCUGUCUAAAGCCAUUGCUCGUCCGCGUCUUUCCUCGGGCUCGCUGGCUGAGAGCAGUCCCGCAAGUGAGAGACUUGGAAACUAUAUCAGACGCCAGCAUGACGGACCGAGACACCUCAAUCGAUGUAGCGCAAAGGCGGAUCGACUGGACAGCAUUGCGGGCAAACCACGCUGUAGAGAA